AUGUUGCGUACAACGGUAAGAACGUUGCGACAACGGGCAUUUUUCCAUCGCAGUUUUGUGCAUGUUAACUUGCCAGAACUUCAUUCCGCUAUUCAAGAUGCUCAAACUACCUGCUAUUGCCAGAGUAUAAAUGCAAGGCUGCCAUCGACAACGGAUCCUUUAGAUCCUCAAAUCAAGCUCCCUCAUAGAACGCCCAACUAUAACAAACAUGUUCUACUCGUAUCACCUGGUGAUAAGCUUGCUCAGCCAUGGAAAAUAGCAUGGAAUCAUAAUCUGGAUACCAAUUUAAAUCGCCCGUACAAUGCAAUCGGCAAAUUACGCUCCUAUUUGCGUAAUUCUCCAGGAAUACUGAUAAAUGCAGUACAUCUACAAAACGAAUUCGUUCCGAGGCCAAAGGAGGGAGAUAAGUGGUUGUUUUUUUUUGUUAUCCCUGACAUGAAGCUCUAUAAAAUUAGGGAAACCGACCUCGAAGAAUUUGCUUCCUUCCUGGAUGAAGGAGUUGUCCAAGCACCAAGAUUGUCCUUCCAAGAUUACUUAAUUGGCAAGGCUAAAGUUCCCCAAGAAACUCAGCAAGUUCACCACAAGAAUUUAACAAAGUUUCAGGGUGACAUCUUUCUCAGGGAUUGGAGUUUGGUUUGCGGACAUUAUAAAAGAGAUGCCAAAUGUGGUGAAAUGGGGCCCGAUAUUAUUGCAGCCUUUCAAGAUGAAAAACUGCUGACUGAUAAUAAUUUAGGCCUAAUUUCUCACGUCGGUGGCCAUGUUUUUGCCGGAAAUGUCAUUUUCUAUAAAUUAUUCAAAGCAGAAAAUGCGCUAAACAAACUGGACUCGCUAUGGUUCGGUAAAGUCUACCCACAUAACUUGAAACUUUUAUGUGAGAACUUGGAAAAUGGAAAAAUCAUCGAUGAAAUGUACAGAGGUGGUAUAUCAAUGAACUAA